CAUAUCUCUUCCUUUAGCUAGAUAAUUUAGUAGCUAGUUAGCUAGUUUUAUCUUCUUUUGGGAUUAACUAACACAUUUGUUGUGGUUUGUUAACUUGAGACAUCUGUGGCAUUUGUGUUACUUGGCAAAUAUAAACGUGGCUUAGUUUAUCUGUCGAAACUUGUUUCCCACUGGCUAUGUAAAUAGUUAACCCAUGCUAAUGGCUUACUGACUGACAGAAGGACAAUUUGUGUAUUUCUCACAAAGAUUUGAACGUAUACUUUUAGUGUUGUAUUGUGAAGUGUUGCAAAAGGGCUGUAAUUGUGAUGAUGCUUAGCCAACUUGAUGGACCCAGCUCAAAAGCAGUACGGCCUUGUACUCCGUAGUAAUGGAGGCGAUCACUAAUUGUUCUUGAUUGGCCUUUUAUUCGAUGCAUUAUCAUCUGCCUAAAGAUGAUUAGAAUUGUUGUUAUGAGCUUUGUUUUUUAUGUAAACUUGCCCUGCUUCCUCACAGGCUGCAUCACAAAGAUACUCUGAGACCGAGUUAGGACAAUGUAUGAAAAUGUCCCAACAGUCUCCAUGGUGGAGCGCCAACAGGUAUUGCAGGCUUUGGAGCGGCUGCAGGCCAAGAUGGCCCAGAGGGAGGAGUGGACCCACAGUGAGAGGCUGGGGGUGCUGAGGGAUGCUCUACAGAGCCCACUGCUAGGACACAUCCUCACGCUGCAGCAUUCAAUCAAACAACUCAAAGACCAGGGGAGGCAGACAGAGCACAUCAGCCUGCCUAAGCCCUUGUCUGGGGGCCUGGGCUUCAGUGUGGUGGGUCUAGGGGCCGAAGGGACAGGGGACCACGGGGUCUUCAUCAGACACGUCCAGCCUAGGAGCAUCGCACACGGGGAUGGGCGCAUACAGGAGAACGACCAGAUCCUGGUGAUCAACGGGACGCCCCUGGACCAGAGUGUCACCCAGCAUCAGGCCAUCGCUCUCCUGCAGCAGCCUGGGGACAGGGUGGAUCUAGUGGUGGCCAGGGAUCCUGCCACCAUCGCACAGCAUACACACACCCUCCCGCCCCAACUCCCGCCUGGGCCCAGUCACAAGGAGCAGUGGGGCCACAUGGAGGAGAUGGAGCUGCUGAACGACGGCUCGGGCCUGGGCUUUGGGAUUGUUGGAGGCAAGGCCACUGGGGUGGUGGUGCGGACUCUGGUUCCAAACAGUGUGGCUGACAAGGAUGGGCGCCUGCGUACAGGUGACCACAUCCUGCGUAUUGGUGAGACCCCCACAGGUGGCUUGACCAGCGACCAGGUGAUCAAGGUGCUGCAGGGCUGCGGGAGCCACGUGCGCAUGCUCAUCGCCCGUGACCCCUCGGGACAGUACUCCACCUUCCCGCCGCCUCCUCCCCCGCCCUCCACCAGCCCCGUCUCUGUCUUACCCUCUGGAGUCGAACCCCAGAGUAGGAUCCACAGGACGCCCAACCUGGAGGGUUAUGAGAUUCAUAAAGUGCCUCUGAGGAAGAAGGAGGGCCAGAGCCUGGGGAUCACCAUCAUCGGAUACAACUCCUUAACCCGCGAAGACGCGGUCGGGGUGUUUGUGAAGAACGUGGUUCCUGGGAGUGCCGCUGAGCAGAGCGGAAACAUCCGGAUCUAUGACAGAAUAAUAGAGCUGGACGGGGUGAGCCUGCAGGGCUUCACUAACCAGGAGGUUCUGGAGGUGAUGAAGCAGACAGGCCAGACGGUCCUCCUCACCCUGGUCAGGAAGAUAGCCUCGCCCAAACCGUCACUGGAGAGGUCCCUGGACAAAGGUGUGGAGGAGAUCUCUCUGUCUGAGCUGGAGCUGAAGGACAAAUGGGAGCAGUCUCUGGGGCCACAGUACGAUGUUCUGGUGGUUGAACUGGACCCUGUUAUUGAAGAUGAUGCUGAACUACAGAAUUACUCCAAGCUACUACCCAUCCACACCAUGCGUCUGGGGGUGGAGUUGGACUCGUUUGACGGCCACCACUACAUCUCCUCUGUGGCCCCAGAAGGUCCUGUGGCCAAACACGGCCUCCUGAGACCAGAGGACGAACUACUAGAGGUAAACGCGGUGCAGCUGUACGGCAAGUCGAGGCGCGAGGCGGUGGCGUUCCUUCGUGAGGUUCCCCCUCCCUUCACCCUAGUGUGCUGCAGACACCUGACAGAGGAGAACUCAGACUACCAGCAUGACCGGGACGAUAAGUGGCGCUCGCCCAGCACUGCUGCCAGCCUCUCUGAGAUGGAAGCCAAGCUGUCUUCUGUAUGGGUUAGUCAGGCAUACCGCCGAGACCCUACUGGUGACCAGCUUCAGCAGGACCGAGCCACCCUAAAGGAGAUCUCAGAGGAGGACCGAGCCACCCUGAAGGAGAUCUCAGAGGAGGACCGAGCCACCCUGAAGGAGAUCUCAGAGGAGGACCGAGCCACCCUGAAGGAGAUCUCAGAGGAGGACCGAGCCACCCUGAAGGAGAUCUCAGAGGAGGACCAAGCCACCCUGAAGGAGAUCACAGAGGAGGAGCAAGUGCCCACAUGGAAUGAAGAGGGAGAGCUGGCUCUGUGGUCCCCAGACAUCCAGUUGUUGGAGCUGGAGAAGAGAGAGAGAGGCCUGGGCUUCAGCAUACAAGACUACCAGGUGAAGGAGGAAGGUGGAGAUGGUACUGUGGAGAAGCUGGAGUCCAGAGCCCUCUUUGAUCAGCUCUCUCUAGGUCAGUCUGUGAAUUCCUGGGUGGAGACUGGGGACAGCGAGGCGGACUUGGACUCCAGGAACGGAAGAUCAGAACUCAUCCUCACAGACACAGACUCGGUGCAUUUGAUUGGCACAGAGAGGAGAAAGAGGAGGGGCCAGGGAGGAGGACGACACAGUGAUCUACCUGAGAGGGAGGAAGGAGAGGGAGAGGAGACCCCUGCCUUCAGUCACUGGGGACCCCCACACAGAGUGGAGGUGUGGCAGGAGGAUUGCGAGUCUCUUGGCAUCAGCAUCGUGGGCGGGCACAGCGUCAUCAAGAGACUGAAGAAUGGAGAGGAACUCAAGGGCAUCUUUAUCAAGCAGGUACUGCCGGAGAGCCCAGCGGGACGCACUCGCUCCCUCAAGACUGGAGACAAGAUAGUGCAGGUAUCAGGUGUGGACCUCCAGAAUGCCAGUCAUGAGGAGGCAGUCCAGGUCAUCAAGACAGCUCCCAGUCCCGUGGUCUUCAUCGUUCAGAGCCUCUCUGCCACGCCAAGGCCUGUCUCACUAACGGCGCCCAGUUACAGAAAACACAAGGCAAAGAGCAGAGUCAUGCCGCAGAAAGCAGAAGUAGGAGGUGCCCCUCCCCCGAUGAGACUCCCCCCGCCCUACCGGCCACCCGGUCAGCUGACAGAGGACCAGGACGAAGAGCUGGAGGGAGUCAAAGAGCUGAUCAGGUUGCGUUACGGAGAGCUGUGCGGGGAGCUGCUGUGUGUGGAGCUGGACAGGGAACGCCAGGGCCUGGGUCUGAGCCUGGCUGGAAACAAGGACCGCUCCUGCCUCAGCAUCUUUGUGGUAGGCAUCAGCCCCGGGGGCCCCGCCGCCAAGGACGGACGCAUCCGCGUAGGGGACGAGCUGCUGGAGAUCAACAACCAGGUCCUGUAUGGCCGCAGCCACCUGAACGCCUCGGCCAUCAUCAAGAGCGCCUCGUCCAAGGUCAAGAUUACCCUGAUCAGGAAUGAAGAUGCUAUCAACCAGAUGGCCGUUCCCCCCUUUCCAAACCCUCCUGUUGUCCUCUCCUCCACUGAAACCCCCAAACCAGCUGCAGUAGCAUCCCCGGCCCCCACAGAGAAGUCUCAAACCCCAGAGAGCCUGGCCCUCGGCAGGGGACCCCUGGAGGCCUCCAUCUCCAUCAGCGAGGUGAAGUCCAGUGUUGGGUCCAGUGGGAGCACAGCUACGGAGCUUGUGUCCAGAGAAGCAACACUCAAGAUCCUGCGAGAUACUUCGUCAAAGAAGGCCUCAGAGAACAAGGCGGAGUCUUCAGAGAGUGUGACUGUGCUGGCUGCCGAGACCCCCCUGGGGCAGACUGCGAACCUGUCCAAAACCUGUCGGCUCUCCUGUAAGCUGCCUGUGGUGAGCUCUGUGAAAGGGGAGCUGGUGCCCCCUCCUGCCUCUAUCCUACCUUCCUCCUGCAGCAGCCCAGACUUUGAGUACUGCAGCAAAGACACAGCCACGUGCCCUAUCGUUCCAGGCCAGGAGAUAAUCAUAGAGAUCGCCAAGGGUCGCUCUGGCCUGGGUCUCAGCAUUGUAGGGGGAAAAGACACCCAGCUGGAUGCCAUAGUGAUCCAUGAGGUAUAUGAGGAGGGGGCGGCGGCACGUGAUGGACGACUCUGGGCUGGAGAUCAGAUCCUGGAGGUAAAUGGUGUGGACCUGCGUAGCGUGGCCCAUGAGGAUGCCAUCACAGCCCUAAGGCAGACUCCGGCCAAGGUGUGUCUUAAGGUUCUACGGGACGAGGCGAGGUACCGCGACCAGGAGAACCUAGAUGUGUUCAGUGUGGAACUGCAGAAAAAGGCUGGCCGUGGCCUGGGCCUCAGUAUCGUCAGCAAGAGGAACGGCACAGGGGUGUUCAUCUCGGACGUGGUGAAAGGGGGCGCCGCCGAGCUGGAUGGCCGGCUGAUGCAAGGGGACCAGAUUAUCUCUGUCAACGGAGAUGACAUGAGGUCUGCCAUGCAGGAGACGGUAGCUGCCAUUCUCAAGUGUGCCAGGGGCGUGGUGCUCCUGGAGCUGGGCCGACUGAAGGCUGCCUCCUGGCUCUCUUCCAGACGUCCCUCCCAGGGAAGCCAGCAGAUGAGUCACGUGAGUGCCAACAGCACAAUCUUCACGCCCCACCCCCUGCCAAACUCCACCCCUUCCACCUCUCAGCUCCUCAAUAACGUCAGGAAGCCAAUGACAGUGGGCAUGACAUCAUCACAGAGCGCAGAAACAGGGAUACGCACUGUGGAGAUUACAAGGGGUCCUACUGAUGCAUUGGGGAUCAGUAUAGCUGGGGGGAAGGACAGUCCUCUGGGGGAUAUCCCCAUCUUCCUGGCCAUGAUCCAGGCCAACGGGGUGGCAGCAAAGACACACCGGCUCAAGGUGGGUGAUAGGAUCGUGAGUAUCAACUCCCAGUCUCUGGAAGGUCUGUCCCAUGGGGAUGUAGUCACCAUGCUGAAGAAUGCUUACGGCAGCAUCAUUCUCCAGGUGAUUGCUGACACCAACAUCAGUGCUAUAGCCAGUCAGGUGGAGAGUAUGUCGACUAGCAGCUGCUCCGAGACACAGCCAGGGGAAACAGAAGCCCCCAAACCCAAGAGUAUCUGCCUGGAGAAGGGUUCUGACGGCCUGGGCUUCAGCAUCGUAGGAGGCUUCGGAAGCCCUCAUGGAGACCUGCCAAUCUACAUCAAGACUGUCUUCAGCAAGGGGGCAGCAGCGGUGGACGGGCGUCUGAAGAGGGGUGACCAGAUCUUGUCUGUGAACGGAGAGAGUCUGGAAGGGACCACACACGAGCUGGCUGUGGCCAUACUGAAGAGACAGAAAGGGGCCGUCACCCUGGAUGUGCGGUCCUAGCUCACACACACUCUAACCCUUGAACUGGUUUGAACUCCCCAACAUGUUGGAAGGAGUUGACCAACAACUGAUGCCCGUCUCCAGCCCAUUAAUCAGCCCGUUAACGUGAAGGGGACAUUGGUUCUGGAAGGAUUCAGUCAAUAAUUAACACAUGUGGUUGAACCAUGGGAAAUAAGAGGACUGUAUAUGGGGGGUUGCAGGAAGUAUGGACACCUCAUUUCCUGUGUGCCAUCUUAUGAGCUUCACUGUGAGGGCGGUUCAACCUCUGUACUGACUGGAUACACGACUCAAAAUGGUGGAUGAAGCGAGGAAGCGAAGUGGGAAGCUUUAUAUGUGAACGAUGUGAAUAUCGGAUCUCUUUGUGUCAUUUCAACUUUGUGUGAUCACACAUCAUAGAACACUGAUAGGGCAAUAUGAAUGGUUCAGUUGGUUAAGGAGGUCUCUUCACCAUUAGCCUAGCGUUAGCUUAGCAUCUCCCUUAUGGGGAGACACUGGUUAGCCGUUAGCGAUGUUAACAGCAGGUACUGCUAAUGUGAAAACUGAGGAGGAAUGGUCUCGGCAGGACGCACUAAACUGGAACAGAUACUACACACACACACACACACACACACACACACACACACAUGCACAAUAGGCUAGUUAGUCACUGUCAGGUUGUCACAUUCUCAUUCAUCACAGACACUUGUCCAUUUGUCUCAUGUCAUGUCAUACUUGUUGCAAACAGACAAUUUAAACACCUAGUGACUGGCUCUUACACAACAACACUACUCAGUUCAACAGUGAUUAGGCUAGACAUGGCCAAAGGAAGAAGCAAUGCAUUCUAUAGUAACUGGUAAACAGCCGUGCACUUCUAAUAGACUUCAUAACAUGCUCAUAAGAAUGACAUAACUCCCUCUGUAGACAUUCAAAGGCAGUUAUAAAGGCCUCCCAACUACCGGCAGGUGUCACUAUACAGUACCUUGUGUAGUCCUGCAGGAAGUUGCGGUAGGAAGCUUCUUUAUUCAUUUUUUAACUUCUUUUUCAUGGUAUCCAAUUUGUAGUUAUAGUCUUGUCUCAUCGCUGCAACUCCCGUACGGACUCGGGAGAGGCGAAGGUCGAGAGCCGUGCGUCCUCCGAAAAACAUAACCCAACCAAGCC